CGCCCUUUACUCGUAUGUAACCAAUCACGUGGCGGCUUCAAGAUGAGCUGGCCUUUUUGACGGAAGUAGAAAGUGUUGGCAUCAGUGCAAGCGAAAAGCGUAAACCUAUCAAAGCUCAACACUUGGAACACAUUUAUUAUUCCCAAAUUACAUUUAUUGUUAGCGUGUGUUAGUGUUUCGUCUACCGUGAUGAGUCUCCAGUGGACUGCCGUGGCCACUUUCUUGUACGUGGAGGUCUUCUUGGUGUUGCUGCUCUGCAUUCCUUUCAUUUCAGCUAAAAGAUGGAACAGCUUAUUUAGGUCUCGGCUGGUCCAAACCAUCACUCUAUAUGGCAACACUUCCUUCAUGGUGGCCAUGGCUAUCCUUGUCUUCCUGCUAAUUGAUGCCCUCCGGGAGGUGAGGAAGUACAGCGUGAGUGAGAAGGUGGACUUGACCAACAAUCCCACCGCCAUUGAACACAUUCACAUGAAACUGUUCAGAGCGCAGCGGAAUCUCUACAUCGCCGGAUUUGCACUCCUCCUCUGCCUGUUGUUGCGCCGUCUGGCCACUCUCCUUUCCCAGCAGGCUUCCUUGAUGGCAUCCAACGAGGCCUUCAAGAAGCAGGCCGAGGGUGCUAGCAACGCCGCCAAAAGCUUCAUCGACGAAAACCAAGUCCUGCAAGACAAACUCAGAGAGGCCGGCAUCGAGGUGCCGGAGGUGGGGAAAAAAGGAGGCGGAGUCCAGGAAGAGAACAGGACCCUGAAGGAGGAAGUGAAGACCUUGAAGGAGGAACUGGACGCCACCAAGAAAGCUCUCCGCAAGAGUGACGGCGACGUUUCCGCCAUGAAAAAACAAGCCGCAAACUUGACGCUGGAAUAUGACAGACUGCUGGACGAGCACAGCAAACUAUUGGCCAGCGGUGACAAGAAGUCUGACUGAAGAUGAUGAAAAUAGAUGCUCUCGAUCAUCAUCGUCAUGGUGGUGGGCUUGCUCGGUGCUGUGAUGUCGCUUCCUAUUGGAGCCUUAAACCAGUUUGUUUUCUCUUCGAUCCCUUCCUAAUAAGAGCUCGUUUUCUCGUCGUCGAGGGUCCUCCAAAAACACGGGGAGAGCGAAAAAGAAGCGGGAUCCGAGCGGCCCGACGACUCGACACGUGCUCGGCUCUCGCGUAGCUUUUGCAUGACUUGUUAGCCACACUCGUGAAUGUAACGCUUUUGUGUGUCUGACCCGUUUGUCACAAUGUCACGGAAACUGCAAACACAACCGGUUAUAAUCAAUCUUCAAUAUACAACUCCAACAAACUUG